AUGGAAAAUUAUACUCAAACAUCAACUGAUUUCAUCCUUUUGGGCUUGUUCCCACCAACAAGAAUUGGCCUGUUCCUUUUUAUUAUCAUCGUUCUUGCUUUCCUAAUGGCUCUGUUUGGCAACCUGUCCAUGAUUCUUCUCAUCUUCCUAGACACUCAUCUCCACACACCCAUGUAUUUCCUACUCAGUCAGCUCUCUCUCAUUGACCUAAACUACAUCUCCACAAUUGUCCCCAAGAUGGCUUACAAUUUUGUGUUUGGAAACAAGUCUAUCUCCUUCAUUGGGUGUGGGGCUCAGAGCUUCUUCUUCUUGACAUUAGGAGGAGCAGAAGCAUUGCUCCUGAUAUCUAUGGCCUAUGAUCGUUAUGUGGCUAUUUGCUUUCCUCUCCACUAUUCCAUUCGUAUGAGCAAAAAAGUGUGCAUGUUGAUGAUAACAGGAUCUUGGAUAAUGGGAUCAAUCAACUCCUGUGCCCACACUGCAUAUGCCUUCCAUAUACCUUACUGUCGAUCCAGAACUAUCAACCAUUUCUUCUGUGAUGUCCCAGCCAUGUUGACUCUGGCCUGCAUGGACACCUGGGUCUAUGAGUACACAGUAUUUGUCAGUACCAUCCUCUUCCUUGUGUUUCCUUUCAUUUGCAUUACUUCUUCUUAUAUCCGGGUCCUCCUAGCUAUCUGCCGCAUGCAGUCUACAGAAGGGAGGAAGAAAGCUUAUUCCACCUGCAGCACCCACCUAACUGUGGUGACUUUCUACUACAUACCUUUUGCUUACACUUAUUUACGCCCAAGAUCACUUAGAUCUCCAACAGAGGACAAGGCCUUGGCUGUCUUCUACACCAUCUUGACUCCAAUGCUCAACCCCAUCAUCUACAGCCUGAGAAACAAGGAGGUGAUGGGAGCCAUAAGAAGAUCAAUUCAGAGAGCCUGCUUUGUAAAAAUGUAG